GUUGGAGGUACUGGAGUAAACCACUGUGUAUGUUUUUCUCUGCAGGGUAAGAUUACUACCCUGCAUGAGGGAGAGGACUUUGGGCAGCUAGCCCUGAUAAACAAAAUGCCCCAAGACACCUCAGUCGUCAUUCGAAAGCAUGACUGUCACUUCCUCCGAGUGGGAAACCUGGACUUUGUGAGCAUCCUUAAGGAUGUGAAUGCAAACAUAGUACAUGUGGAAGAGAAUGGCAUACCUGCACUGAUCCUUCAGAGGAGCUCCAGCCAGGUGGUUACCGAAGAUGCACCAGAAUAUGCAUCUUGCAGCAACAACUUUUUGGUGAAGUUGGGAACACCAGCCAAGAUUCUGCAGUUUUUGCUGGGCUCAAUCAAACUGAACACAACUGAUGAUCGAAUGGGUAAGCAACUUCCUGAAGCUAGUCAUUUUUUUAUGGAUUUUUGCCAGUUUGAAACUUAAAACUGAAUACCAGUUACAUUGUAAAUGACUAAAAUGGCUCUGAUGUUUAUCAUGUGGUAAAGAGAAAGUGAAACAGGCUAGUAGUGCUCCUAGAGUGAUUAUGAGAGUUCUAUGUCAUCUUUGCACGCAGAUCCUUUUGUGUACAAUUUCUUGCUCACGCAUCAUCUCUU